AUGGAAAGUCCACCGCCUUUAGAGACAGUUUAUCAGGCUGUUGUUACAUUAUAUCAUAAUCAAAACUGGUCCGAAAGGGAGAAGGCGUCUCAAUGGCUUGGAGAGUUACAGCAAUCUGUUUAUUCGUGGAAAAUUGCGGACGAAAUGUUACAAGAAAAAAGAAACCUUGAAUCAUAUUAUUUUGCUGCCCAAACAAUGAGGACCAAAAUUCAAUACUCAUUUCAUGAACUUCCUCCUGAAGCUCAUAUAUCUUUAAGAGAUUCUCUUAUUCAAUAUGUUGAACAAGAAGAUGAGGGUAGUAAUUCAGUAGUAGUGACACAAUUAUGUUUAGCAUUAGCUGCAUUAUCUCUUCAAAUGUCUUCUUGGGAAAAACCUGUUUUGGAUUUAAUGGGAAGAUUUAGUGAUAGGUCUAUUCCACUUUUACUAGAAGUGCUUAUUCUUUUGCCAGAAGAAGUUAAUUCAAAAUCACUUAGAUUGGGUGAAAACAGAAGACAUCAAGUUCUUGAUGAAUUAUCUUCUUGUUCAUCAACAUUAAUGGAAUUUUUGGUAACUUGCCUUUCAAACUGUGACAACCAACAAAUUCAUGUCAAAGUCUUGAGAUGCUUUUCAUCUUGGAUAGCUGUAAGAGCCAUCUCGUUAAACGAUAUUAGCAAUAAUAUGGUAGCAGUUCAUGCUUUUUCAAUAUUACAAAAUCAUCAGUUAUCUCCUCUAUUACAUGAAGCUGCAACAGACUGUGUUUGUAGUUUGCUUCAAACAUUGGAAUAUAAAUAUCAUCAAAAACUUGAUGAACAAUUAUUUUCAGGGGUAGUCGCUUUGGAAGAAAGUUACCAUCUUUCUGUAGCUCAUGAAGAUCAAGAUAAGUCUAAAAAUUAUUGUAGAAUAUUUACAGAAUUAGGCGAAUCACUUCUAGAAAAAAUAGUAAAUCAUAAUUAUACAAAUAAAAAUCAUUAUUAUCUUAAAAUUUUAGAUUUAAUAUUAAUGUGUGUUGGUCAUCAUGACUAUGAAGUUUCUGAAAUAACAUUUAAUUUUUGGUAUAGGUUAUCUGAAGAACUGUUUAAAAAAAAUAAUGAAAAUUUGACAAAUAUUUUUAAGCCGUAUGUGGAAAGAUUAAUAGAAUCUUUAUGUAGGCAUAGUAGAAUGGAACAAGAUCAGGAAGGUCUUCUCGAUGACAUGGAUGAGUUUACAGAUUUCAGGAGCAGAGUUUGCGAGUUAAUGAAAGAUGUUGUAUUUAUAGUAGGGUCUUCGAAUUGUUUUAGACAAAUGUUCCUCAGCUUACAAGCUCCUGGAGUUACAUGGGAUGUCACAGAAGCUGCAUUGUUUUUAAUGCAAGCAUUGGCCAAAAUAAUUUCACCGGAAGAAAACGAAAUCGUACCCCAAGUAGUCAAAGCAAUAUUAGAAUUAGAUCCAGAAACAACUCAUAUUGCUGUGAGGCAUACAUCUGUGUUAUUAUUAGGUGAAUUGUAUGAAUGGAUCGAAAGGCAUUCAAAUGAAGUUUUGGAUUCCGUCUUAAUGUUUUUACUCUUUUGUUUACGGCAUCCUCCACUAACGUCAGCUGCAGCUAAUUCUUUACAAUUAAUUUGUUCGAGUUGUAGUGAUAAAAUGGCUCAGCACUUUAAUGUUCUGGCCAUGCACACCAUUGAAGCUUUAAAGUCAACGAUAUCUACGGAAGCUGCUCUUAGUUUACUAAAAAGCACUUCGAUGGUCAUGUCGAAAAUCCCCGCCAAUGAAAUUUACUCUGCAAUGAAAAGUUUGUGCUACGUUCAAAUCGAACCUCUUAGCAAAUUGAACGAGUUAGAUGCAAAUAAUGUGAAAGGAAGUCCAACGGAUCCGGCACUUUGGUUGGACAGAUUGGCAGCCAUAUUUCGUCACACAAAUCCAUCUGUAGCAAAUGGUUCCAUCAAUCCUUGUUCUGCUGUUUUCACGGAAACGUGGCCGGCUCUUUCCGAGGCGUGCAACAAAUUUCAAUCGGAUACUAGGGUAAUGGAGCGAUGUUGCAGAUGUUUAAGGUUUGCCGUUCGCUGCGUCGGACGACAAUCUUGUCAUUUGCUUCAACCUAUAGUUCAGCAAAUAGUACCACUUUACAAUGUACAUAGGCACAGUUGCUUUCUGUAUCUCGGAUCCAUUUUGGUCGAUGAGUGCGCUUGCGAACCUCAAUGUGUACCUGCACUAUUGGAAAUGUUGCAAGCAUUUAUCCAAGCCACAUUUCAAGUUUUACAAGAGGAAAAUGGACUUAAACAUCACCCAGACACGGUCGACGAUUUUUUCAGAUUAUGUGCCAGAUUUUUACAAAGAAUUCCCGUAGAAUUUCUACAAUGUCCUUCUUUACCGGCUAUUUUGGAAUGCGCACUGAUGGCUUGUUCCUUAGAUCAUAGAGAUGCCAAUGCUUCCACAAUGAAAUUUUUCUGUGAUUUAUUAAUUUGCGGAAAGAAUAACAAAAAUUCGGAAGACAUUGAAAUUAGACGGCAAUUAGUUUCAGCAAUAAUUCAAAAUCACGGCAAGAGGUUGGUUCAUAAUUUAAUACAAGCCUGCGUUUAUUCACUUCAUACUCACAUAUUAGGAGGUGUCGCGGACGUCAUAAUGGCGCUGUUGGAACACGACAGAAACGCCGUGAGUCGGUGGCUCGAAGAAUCCCUGAAAUCAUUGCCGACUCAUAAUUCUGGGGGAGCAACGACAGCAACACAAAAACAAUUGGAAGAUUUUCAUCAGUCUUUGAUCAGCGCUCAGAGUAGCAGAAACGUUUCACAUUGUUUAAAAGAAUUUGCCAAUUUAUAUAGAUAA